AUGGCAGAGGAUUAUCAGGCUACCUUUAGAAGUCAGGUGAGCCUAUAAAUAUUAUAGAAAUAAAAUUUGUACAUCAAACCAACACAAACAGAAAGUUGGUUUGGUGAAAAUAAUUUGAGGUUUUAUCUUACACAUAGCUUAUAUGCAACACAUGCAGUUUUACUGUCCAAAAGCGAUGAGACUCUUGUCAAAUAUGAUAUUUCCCCGUAAAUGUUUCUGCUUGAGUACUUGUGAAAAGGAGAAACCUUAAGGUAAGCAACUUUUUAGCAACAUUUACUCCCCCCCUGAAAAAGAAACAAUUUUGCGUUAACAUCAACAAUUUGCCCUUUAACACCUUCGUCAUCGUCAUCAUCACUAUCUAAAACAGUGCGAUCAUUCCAGUACACAACUCAUUCACAAAUCGUCAGGUAGUAUCUAGUUAAGCUUGGAAAGACACAGCACUUGGAAGGCAAAAUUGUCUAAAUCUUCCAAAUGACAGAAAGUUAAAAUUAAAAAUUGGCAUAACUGCCACCUCUUGUCAGGGGAUGUGAAAUCACUAUUCCAAGUUAAGUCUGGGACAAUUGUACUUAUAUUCGUACCGAUGCCAUUUUCCAGAAAGUCUCCAGUUAAAUCCCUUGAGUAGAACCAAGAGCUUCUUAGUCACAUGUUCAUAGGUAUAAAGACUAGCUUAGCUAUGUGCGACAACAACAACAACAACAAUACCUUUAUUCACCUUGUACUUAAUUAAUUACAUACUCACAUGCGCACUUUUAUUAUCUUUUUUUUUUCAAAAUUUACAGGGAAAUGUAUUAGUUGAAAGACCGCCAGUACCAGUCAGUAAUCUUAAGUCUCAGGCUAGCAGUGGGAAUUCCAUCAAGAACCACACCAUGCAUCCUUCCUCUUUCAAAGAUUCAUCAAUGAUUGGGAACAGCAGCCAUAAUCAUCACCACCACCGCCACAAAAGGCACCACUCCAAUGGCAGGGUUAAGAAAGAUUAUGGAAAUACUGCUGAUCGCUUCAGUCGGACGGCCACUGUACUGCGACACUCAGGUCUACUGAAACUCACACUUCAGAUUGCUCAGCUUAUUAAAACGAAUGAAGAUCUUCAAAAAGAAAUAGAUGAUCUUCAAAGAGAAGCCAUGGAGUUCAGUCAAAAUUUGAAAAUCCAAAUACAGCAAAAACUGUCAGAGCAAAAUGGUUCUAGUAGCUUUCAGUAUGGAGGAAAUGGGUAG